UGAGGUUUUUCUAAAGUUUAAAGUUGCACCCCUUGGCAAGCGGAGUGAGUGACUUGCUGAGUGGAAAUGAUCCAGAAUGUGACGUCUGAGUCCUUUGCAUUGCCCCCCUGGGAGGGAGUGAAGUUCUAUUUUCCCUGGUGCUGGCCAUAAAUACAGGAGCCCCUGGCUAGCUCACAUAACACCCUUUGGAGAUCUGUCAGUCAUACAAUGCAGUGAGAGCCUUGCUCUUUCUUUCUUGGACCAUCCUCAGUUCAUUCACUUCCCCUGCAUGCCAUCUGGGAACACCUGUUGUAUUCUAGAGCAAGAGAAACAACAGAAGAUAGAAAACUCUACAAAACAAAUCAAGAUGCACAAGUGUACAAGUCUCCUGCUGGUGUCUGUAAUCCUGUGUGCCACCAUAUCACACACCUUUGGACAUGUUUUAACAGGAAAAGAAAAACGUGGCUGGACACUAAAUAGUGCAGGUUACCUCCUAGGACCACAUGCAAUAGAUAAUCAUCGAUCUUUGAGUGAUAAACAUGGAUCAGCUGGAAAACGGGAUCUACUAUCUGAAGAUGACAUUAAGACAGGAAACAUACUAAGAGCUUUGGCUGAUGAUAAUGUAGUCCGCACAUUGAUUGAAUUUUUGACAUACUUACAUCUGAAAGAGUCUGGAGUGCUUGAAAGUUUAACCUCAUCGGUGUCAUCAGAAGAAUCCAUUCAGUCAUGAAACAAUAUAUUAUUUGCAUUUGUUUAUGGAAGAAAUUAAUUUUCAAAAGAAGCGGAACUAUUCAAAUAAAUGUUUGUUUUCACUCAAUGUCUAUAAUGUUUCACCUAUAAAUAUAUCUACAUGAUACAAUAGUGUAUUAUUUUGCUUAAGUCAAGAUAACCCUAUCCAAUAAAAAAUAACAACUGCUGUUUGAUGUAUUUUUAUAUAAACCUAUAUA